UUAAAAUCUUAAUAACACUAUAAGCCAUUUUCUUAAAAUUUAAGCAUCUUAUCUAACCUUAAUUAAUUAACCUAAGUUUGGCCGGAUAACCGUAGUUAACGGAUUCUAAAGGAUGCCUAACCCCUUUCCUUUAGGAUAAUAUAGAGCCCUUACCUACAAUCACAUUGGUUAAGCAGACUAUUAAUUGAGGUUUAGUUUAACUUUACCUUAGUUAACAUCGAGGUGCCCUAAUUCACCGUCAAAUUAAUUAGGUGGCGACUCCUUUAAAAUAAAAUAAAUAGAAAUCACCAAAAUGUAGUACUCCUAAAUUUAACCCGGUUAAAAUGGGGUAAAAUAGAGUGCAUAUAUUUGAGGGCUGAAAGGAGGUCAUAUUAGAGGAGGAAAAGAAGAGAAAGGAUACCAAAUGACCCUGGAGAAAUUCCUGUUGGUGAAUUUGGUCCAGAUCUGGGCUUUGAUGAAACUACUACUCCUGAUAUAAGCUUUAAAGGUAAGGUUGUUGGGGAUGAGUCAAUGUAUGUCAGUUCUGAUGCAUAUAGUGUUGAAUCAGAUACAGAUGAUGAGUCAGGGUCUAGGAGGGCUAGGAGUAGGAUAACUUUUGACAAAACUGUUGAAAAAGUGAUGUGGGAGUUGGGGAUGGUUUUUGAGGAUGUGAAUGAGUUUAGGGAUGCUUUUACAAAAUAUGCACUUCAAAAGGGUGUACAGUUAGAGAAAUUUGUCAAUGAGCCCAAAAAGGUUAGGGUGAGGUGUAGGGAUGGCUGCCCAUGGCUGCUAUAUGCAAGUCUUGAUAAGAAGACUAAUGAUUUCAUGAUCAAAACCUAAAAUCCUAAACAUAGGUGUGUCAAAACUACUAGAAAUUACAUGUGCAAUGCUAAGUUCUUGUCUAAGCAUUACAAGAAUAGAAUUACAGAACAGUCAAACAUUAGGAUUUUCAAGUUUCAGCAAUUGAUUAGGGAAGAACUUAACAUACAUGUUGGAAAAACCACUGCCAGAAGAGUUAGAGCUAAAGUACUCCAAGAAAUCAUGGGUGACCAUGUGUUAGAGUUUGGAAUAAUAUUUGACUAUAGGGAUGAAAUGUUGAGGACUAAUCCUGGGAUUACUUGUGUUGUUGAGGUUGAUGACUCUGGUGAAAGUGGUAGGUUGGUGUUUGAAAUUUUUUAUAUUUGCUUUGAUGCUUUGAAAAAAAUUCUUUUUUGGUUGUUGUACGAAAUGUAUUGGUUUGGAUGGUUGUUUCUUAAAGGGAAUAACCAAAGGACAACUAUUGGCUGCUGUUGCUAAAGAUGCUAAUAAUCAAAUGUUGCCUAUUGCUUGGGCUAUAGUAGAAUAUGAGAAUAAGAACACUUGGAUAUGGUUUUUGAAAUUGUUGAUAGCUGAUUUGGGAAUGAGAGAUGGCAGCAACUACACAGUGAUAUCAGACAUGCAAAAGGGGCUUCAAUCAGCUAUGAAAGAAUUGUUACCACUGGUGGAGCACAGGAUGUGUGCAAGACACAUCCUAGCCAACUGGGCAAAAGGAUGGAGAGGUCUUCAAAAAAUGAACCAAUUCUGGAAGUGUGCAACAAGUACCUUUGAAGGAGAGAUGAAGAUAAAUCCGGACAAAAUGAAACAUCUUGGUACUGCCAAGGAUGUUGUAGGGCCUGGAUGCUUAAGAGAAUACCAUGUCGACAUGCCCUUGCUUCCAUAUUAUAUAAGAAGUAUGAACUCAUUGAGUUUGUUGACAGCCGCUACAAUAAGGAGACCUACUUGAGGACUUAUUGUCAUUUUCUUCAACCAGUCACCAAUAUGAAAAUGUGGCCAGAGUCCAAUAACCCCUAUGUUGCACCACCAGUUGUAAAGCCUAUGCUAGGCAGACCAAAGAAGGUUAGGAGAAGAGAAGCCACUAAGUCAAAAAGAUAUUGUAAGUUGUCAAAAAAAGGAGUUGACAUGACUUGCAGCAUUUGUCAUGGUAAAAAUCAUAAUAAAAGAGGCUGUCCUUUGAAGGUAUGGGCUUUUAAAGUAAACUCUGUUUCUUAUACUCUUUGUAGUAAUGGUUUUGAUUUGACACUACUGUUUUUGGUAGGAUUCUGGUA